AUGGAUUCUGAACGACUCGCUCGCGUGAAGCGGAAACUCGAGGCGCUGAAUUACGACGGCGAUUUAGACCCCAAAUCAGCCCCUCUCGCUGAGAAGCUCGUUGAUGACCUGCUGAAUGCCACUAACAGUUACAAGUCGCUCAAGCUGCGCUUGACGAAGCAGAGCAAGGCUCAGGAUAACUGGGAGGCAAAGUUGAUGACUUUGAAACAGGAAAAUGCUGCCCUACUGGAAGAAAAUAGUCAAUUACGCCUGCAACUGAUACACAACGAUGAACUAUGUGACGAGAAACUUCGCAGAGCCUUUGCUGAAUCAUGUAAGCUUCAGAGGAGUGUUACCGAGCUCAAGUUUUGGAAAGAGCAGGCCAUUCAGCGUAACGUGCAAUUCGAGAGACUGCACGACGAGAUACGGGGUCGACUCAAAUCUGGCAACUACCAGGUUGUAUCAACUGAGCAGGAUGCGCAGGCUCGUAUGGAGCUUACCGCGAUGCUCGACACAGCAAACAUCGAAAAUCAUUGGAACGUCAACGUUCUCAUUUCAGGUGCAGACGACCGUGCAGCUGCACUGCAGGAGCGCCUUGCACAUGCUGAUCAUGAGCUGAAGCGGAUGCACGAGGAAGUUGCGGCAGCAAAAGCAGCAGUUGCGUCGAGAGAGGGCGAAGUAAUUCGUCUUCACUCACUCCUUGACAAAGCUACUGAUGUCGAUCAUCUCGCACUCAAAAUAGAGUCGGAAACAAAAGAUGCUCUAAUCGUUGCCCUUUCACAGCAAGUUGAGGAACUCAACGCUCGCAUCGUAAAAACUGAAUCGGGCCGUGAAGAACAUGAAUGA